UUCUUUGAGGAUGUUAGUAGAAUUUCUCUCAAACGACAUAGUACGAUAUUCCUUCCUCAAAUUCUCUAGGUCUAUUCUGAACUCUGAAGUGCCGAACGUAGGAUGCUGUUAGGUUCAGCUAGACAUGCUCCACACCCACCACCAUUGGUUUCAUCUCUUUAACGUUCCCAAAAUCCCAAACUUUCCACCACUCUUCCAAACAAGGUUUUUCACCACUUCCUCUUCCGUAUUGGAUCUCUGCACCAAACCACAGUACCUUCAACAGCUCCAUGCGAGGUUCUUCCUCCAUGGCCUCCACCAAAACUCAUCUCUUUCCUCCAAACUCAUGGAUUGCUAUGCCAAGUUUGGACUCCUGAACACAUCCCAGAGACUUUUCCACUUCACUGAAAACCCAGAUUCUGUUCUCUACAGUGCAAUAUUGAGAAACUUGCAUCAGUUUGGUGAAUAUGAGAAGACCCUCUUGCUGUACAAACAGAUGGUUGGGAAAUCCAUGUACCCAGAUGAAGAAAGUUGCUCUUUUGCUUUGAGAUCUGGCUCUUCUGUGUCUCAUGAACAUGGGAAAAUGGUUCAUGGGCAGAUAGUGAAACUGGGUUUGGAUGCAUUUGGCUUGGUUGGAAAAUCUUUGAUAGAGUUGUAUGACAUGAAUGGUUUGCUGAAUGGGUAUGAGUCAAUCGAAGGAAAGUCUGUGAUGGAAUUGAGUUAUUGGAAUAACUUGAUUUUUGAGGCAUGUGAAAGUGGGAAAAUGGUGGAAAGCUUUCAACUCUUUUGUAGGAUGAGAAAAGAGAAUGUCCAACCUAAUUCUGUUACCGUGAUUAACUUGUUAAGGUCCACUGCUGAAUUGAACUCAUUGAAGAUAGGACAAGCCCUCCAUGCUGUGGUUGUUUUGAGCAACUUGUGUGAGGAACUAACUGUGAAUACUGCACUGUUGUCAAUGUAUGCAAAGUUGGGUAGUCUUGAAGAUGCAAGAAUGCUGUUUGAGAAAAUGCCUGAGAAGGACCUUGUAGUCUGGAACAUAAUGAUUUCAGCAUAUGCGGGGAAUGGAUGCCCCAAGGAGUCCUUAGAACUUGUAUACUGUAUGGUUAGAUUAGGUUUUAGACCUGACUUGUUUACGGCAAUCCCUGCAAUUUCUUCGGUCACACAAUUGAAGUAUAAGGAAUGGGGAAAGCAAAUGCAUGCUCAUGUGAUAAGAAAUGGCUCAGAUUAUCAGGUAUCGAUUCACAAUUCUCUUGUUGACAUGUAUUCUGUGUGCGAUGACUUGAAUUCAGCACAGAAGAUUUUUGGCUUGAUAAUGGACAAGACCGUGGUUUCAUGGAGUGCAAUGAUCAAAGGAUGUGCAAUGCAUGACCAACCUCUUGAGGCUCUGUCUCUAUUCUUGAAAAUGAAGUUGAGUGGUACUAGAGUUGACUUCAUUAUAGUCAUCAACAUCUUGCCAGCCUUUGCAAAAAUAGGGGCAUUGCAUUAUGUAAGUUACUUACACGGUUACUCACUGAAAACCAGCCUUGAUUCACUCAAAUCCCUGAAGACAUCGUUUCUUACUAGCUAUGCUAAGUGUGGUUGCAUAGAAAUGGCCAAAAAGCUUUUUGAUGAAGAGAAAAGUAUCCAUAGAGAUAUAAUUGCUUGGAACUCUAUGAUCAGUGCGUAUUCUAAACAUGGAGAGUGGUUUAGAUGUUUUCAGUUGUACAGCCAAAUGAAACUAUCAAACGUUAAACUGGACCAAGUAACAUUUCUGGGGCUGCUUACAGCUUGUGUUAACUCGGGCCUUGUUAGUAAAGGCAAGGAGAUUUUCAAGGAAAUGGUGGAAAUAUAUGGUUGCCAACCUAGUCAGGAACACCAUGCUUGUAUGGUUGAUCUACUAGGGCGCGCUGGCCAAAUUGAUGAGGCCAAUGAAAUAAUAAAAACUGUUCCAUUGGAGUCAGAUGCCAGGGUUUAUGGCCCCUUGUUGAGUGCCUGUAAGAUACACUCAGAGACCCGUGUAGCAGAACUUGCUGCUGAGAAGCUCAUAAAUAUGGAACCUAAAAAUGCUGGAAACUAUGUACUGCUCUCUAAUAUAUAUGCUGCAGCAGGAAAGUGGGACAAAGUUGCUAAAAUGAGGAGUUUUCUUAGAGAUAGAGGUCUAAAGAAAACACCAGGUUAUAGCUGGCUUGAGUUAAAUGGACAAGUUCAUGAGUUUCGUGUUGCAGAUCAAUCUCAUCCAAGAUGGGAGGAUAUUUAUUCAAUAUUAAAAGUGCUGGAGUUGGAAGCGGGGGAUAUGGAGGAUGAUCUUGAACUCUUUGACCCUUCUGUUAUUAAGGGGUGUGAAUUGCACAUGAAUCAACUCAACCAACUUUAAAACCUGAUACCUGAUGAACUAAAUUCACUGGAAACUGUAAUUGUCAUGUAACCUCCAUUUUUACCUGGGAGUUGAAAAUUAUAAAUUGCAAACUUUCACUUAUCAGUUGUCGUAGUCCCGAUCUACCUAACAUAAAGUUCAUAAAUCAUAAUUAUGUAUUGGUUAUGCCUCUUCACUUAUUAGGCUUUGUUUUAUGGUUUCGUUGGAUAUUUUUUAGGUCGUAUUUAUUAUCAUAUAUGAAGAGAUAACAUAAUUUCCCUA